AUGGCUCAGGCUAUUGUAGUCGGUGGUGGUCUUGCAGGCCUUUCUGCAGCACACACCCUUCUUGAGCGUGGCGCAAACGUUCUAUUGCUUGACAAGCAACCUUUUAUGGGCGGAAAUUCGACCAAAGCAACUUCCGGCAUUAACGGUGCUGGUACAGCUUCUCAGCAAGCACUGGGAAUCCAGGAUAGUGCGAAGAUUUUCUUCGAUGACACAAAGAAAUCAGCGAAGGAUCUGGCUCGUGACGACCUCAUCCGAGUACUCACGGGCCGUUCGGGCGAUGCCGUCAACUGGCUACAGGAAAAGUUUGGACUCGAUCUGAGCAAGGUUUCGCGACUUGGUGGUCACAGCCAGCCCCGCACACACCGUGGUGGCGCGCAGUUUCCGGGUAUGGUUAUCACGUAUGCCCAGAUGGAGCGUCUGGAGGACCUUGCUCAAAGCACGCCUGAGCGAGUGCAGAUUCGAAAGAAGGCAAAGGUAACACGCUUGCUCAAGGAUGAAUCUGGAGCUGUCAUCGGUGUUGAGUACGAAGUUGACGGGAAGAAGGAGCAAGCACAUGGUCCUGUCAUUAUUGCUACCGGUGGCUACGCGGCAGACUUCACGAGCGAUUCUUUGUUAAAGAAGUACAGGCCAGAAUUAUGGGACCUUCCAACGACCAACGGUGAACAUUGCACGGGUGAUGGCCAGAAGCUUGCAAUGGCUGUCGGAGCCGCUGGUAUCGAUCUCGAGAAGGUCCAAGUACACCCUACUGGUCUUGUUGAUCCGAAUGAUCCGAAUGCAAAAGUAAAAUUCCUUGCUGCUGAAGCAUUACGAGGUGUUGGAGGUCUACUGCUGGACAAUACCGGCAAGCGUUUCGUCGAUGAGUUGCAAACGCGCGACUACGUCACGGGCAAGAUCUGGGAGAAUGGCAAGUAUCCCAUCCGCCUCGUCCUUAACGGUAGUGCAUCGAAGGAAAUUGAAUGGCAUUGCAAGCACUACGUUGGUCGUGGACUCAUGAAGCGAUUCGAAUCUGGUGCCGACCUUGCGAAGGAGAUAGGAAUACCUGCAUCUGCUCUUGCAAAGACCUUCGCCGAUUAUAGUGCUGGUGCGAAGACGCAGAAGGAUCCGUUCGGAAAGAAGUUCUUCCACCAUGCUGACUGGAAGAUGGAAGAUAUUUUCCAUGUGGCGAUUAUGACUCCCGUACUACAUUACACUAUGGGUGGUCUUGAGAUUGAUGCCGAGUCACGCGUGCUUACCAAUGAAGACCAUGCAGCCAUCCCUGGUCUGUUCGCAGCUGGUGAAGUUGCCGGUGGAGUACACGGUGCCAAUCGUCUGGGCGGAAGUUCAUUGUUAGGCUGUGUUGUCUUUGGUCGUGUUGCUGGGGACUCCGCCGCAGCAUAUCUUUUGCAGAAGGGUGCGGGAGCCGCCGACAAGGCGAAGGGCCGCCUCGGAGCUGUCGCAGGUCACUUGGGUGCUCCAUUAUCAACAACAAUCACGAUCACUCCCGAGCAGAGCAAAGUUAAUCUGACAUUCUCAUGGGCCGAUUCUGGUGCUCAACCAUCGUCAGUCCCGACGCCCAGUGUACCAGUCCCUACCACCUCGUCAUCAGCCGUGUCGUCAACGCCAUCGACUGAACCCGUACCGGCAAGUUCUUCCGACCCCUCAGCGGCACAAGGAAAGAAAGAGCAGGAGGUUAAGGAGAAAGAGUCGACGUCAGGGGCUUUCACUGUUGAGGAGGUAGCUAAACACAACAAAAAGGAUGAUUGCUGGGUAAUCGUAAAUGGUCAGGUGUUAGAUGUGACAGAGUUUCUACCAGAGCAUCCAGGUGGUGAGAAAGCAAUUCUGCUAUAUGCAGGGAGGGACGCAACGGAGGAAUUCAACAUGUUACAUGACCCGAAGGUUAUCCCUCGGUACGCUCCGAAGGCCGUUAUUGGCACGCUUAAGCAGUGA